ACAGGCUGAGAGUAUAAUUACUGUAAGAGAGCAGAGAGGAAGAGUAGAGUGACCCUGCACACUGUUCAUUCAGCUCAGGACCACCAGGCCUAGGACCACGAGGACCAGGAACAUCAGACUCGCAGGCAGAGGAGCAGAAUUUCAGACCCACAGUGAAAGCUAAGAAGCAUCAGAACGAGAUUCAAAGAGAGUCAGACCUGCAGCAGGUUCACAUCAGUUUCUAGAUUCUACUGUUGAACUCUCCGGAGCUUCGGAGGAUUUCAUCUGAAGGAUCUCAAACCUGUUUCCGCGUCUUCAACUGCACAUAAAAACUGAUUCUACUGCCUCUACUCUGCAUCAAUCCACCAACCAUCAUGUGCUCUUUCUUUGCCGUGUUCUUCUCAGUCUCAGCGUGGCUUCUCAUUGAUGCCUCUCCAACCAUCUCUCCUGCCCCGCGGCUGCAGGAGGCAGCGGUAUCCUCUGACUGUCCUUCGUGCUCCUUGCCUCAGGUGAGGAGGAACUUGUCUUCGUCCGGCGGUCAGAGUGACAUGGUGGAGGCAGUGAAGCGUCACAUUCUCAACAUGCUGCACCUGAGCGCCCGGCCCAACCUGACACAGCCAGUUCCUCGAGCUGCUCUGCUCAAUGCCAUCAAGAAACUGCACGUGGCCCACGUGGCUGAAGACGGCAGCGUGGAGAUCCAGGAGGAUGGCCAGGGCACUGGAAACUCAGCACCACCUGAACCGCCAUCUGAAAUCAUCACUUUUGGAGAGCCAGGCGACAGGCCCAACACGGUGACCUUUGACAUUUCAGAGGAGGACGGUGGCUCAUCUCUGGUGGAGCAGGCAAACGUUUGGAUCUUCUUGAAAAUGUCGAAGGUAAACCGCUUUAAAGGCAAAGUGAUGCUGCGGCUUCAUCGUGACGAGGAGUGUGUCUCGGAGAAGAUGGUGGACACCCGUCGCAGCGGCUGGCACACCCUCGCAAUUCCUCACACUGUUCAGACUCUGCUGGACAGCGGCAGCAGGCCUCUUAGAUUGUGGGUUUCCUGUCCUCUGUGUCCCGAAGCCGGCGCCGCUCCCGUCCUAACACCUGCCAAUGGUGAACUGGCCACGGGACGAGAUCAAUCACACCGGCCAUUCCUCAUGGUGGUGCUGCGACCUCGAGAAGAGGUGGCUCAGCGGCGAGUCAAACGAGCUCUGCAGUGUGAUGGGAAAAUCCGCAUCUGCUGCAAACGAGAGUUUUACGUCAACUUUAAAGACAUCGGCUGGAGCGACUGGAUCAUUGCGCCAUCUGGUUACCAUGCUAACUACUGUGAAGGCGACUGUCCAAACCACAUGGCGAGCAUCGGAAGCUCACCGCUCUCCUUCCAUUCAACGGUCAUCAACCAUUAUCGCAUGAGAGGCUACAGCCCAUUUCAAAACAUCAAAUCGUGCUGCGUGCCAACGAGGCUGAGAGCGAUGUCGAUGCUCUACUACAACGAAGAGCAGAAGAUCAUCAAGAAGGACAUCCAGAAUAUGAUCGUGGAGGAGUGCGGCUGCUCGUGAACGGUUCACCUUUGCUCUACUGAUGCUGCAAGAUGAGGGAAAGACUGAGAAACUUUCUGAGAACCUCUAAGAAAUACUUGGAGAAACUUUUUGAGAAAUUCUCUCUGAAAGCUGCUACCUGAAGGAAGAAACAUAUAAUCAGCUCUUUCCCAGGAAAGACAGUCUCCUAGGUUUAGUGAAUCUUUGUGUUUCAUAUUGGGAGAGACUCUUUUCCACAUUGGAAUGAGCUGAGGAUACUAUGCAACAUGUGAACGUCUCUGUCUUUUUUGACGUGUGCUUCAUCAGUGUUGGUUUUCUGCUGUUUAGAGAACAUGUCGACGCUAACAUGUUCCACUGAGGGUUCGACUGCUGAAGACAUCUCUGCUGUCCACAGAGUUUAAAGAAAGUGCUUAAUCUGGUUGCUGAAGCCAAACUUUAUUACCAUUAUUAUUAUGGAACACAGUGAAUGUAGAUAUUUGCACAGUAAAUAAUAUUUCUAGAUGCAUUGCCUCAGUUUGAGUUGAGAGGAUUGAGAUGAAAGCCAAAGAGAAACGUUUGGUUCAUUUUCCUGAGAGACAAACAGCUGAAAUCCACACACCUCACAUUAAACCGUUAAUCUGCUGAAACAAAAACAGACUGAGCACGUUUCUGAUCACAUCAGUCUUUAAUUAUUAAAAAAAAAAAAACACGCUUCUGUAAUUUAUUUGCAUUUUGAUUGUUUUCUUCAAUCAUUAAACAG